AUGUAUAGAUUUAGUAGUAGUAUAUAUAAGAGUUUUACUCUUAAUAUAAAUAAUAAUAAUAUUAGUAAUUAUAGUAGUAGUAAUAGAUAUAGUUGUAAGAUAAUGUAUAUGUUGGUUUUAUUGUUGGUGUUGUUGUUGGAUCAUGGUUGUUAUGCACAGUCAAACUCUGCGGUUUCACAACGUAUCUAUACAAAUGUAGGCAGACCUUUGCCUUGCUCGAGAUUGCUCGAUGUCAACGGUCAAUUUGGUUGCACCAGCAAGGAGUUUGGUAAUAGCGGUCUAGUGCAUCUGGUCGAUAGUGACGCGUCACUUGCAGACCUACCGUCGCACGCUAUCGCAGUGCUCGACGCCAACUUCUUCAACGGUACAAUAGUCAACCGUAUCAUAUCGAAGGUAGAGGGAAUCGUCGUGCUAACAGACACCAAACAGAACUACAGAUACUCGCCAGACCUACCGGUGCCAAACGCACCGUACGGUCUCUACCCAAAGCCAACGUUCUCUUUCAACUCGGCCGGUGACUCCUUGUCGUACCAAUCGUUUGACAAACCAUUCUUUGUGUUGGACAAGAACAACUCGGCGAUAGCGAGAUCCUACGGAAACUGGAAUCGUGACGGAAACCUUCCACAGUACGGCUGCCACCUGGAGUCGUUUAUGCACGCCGCUAUCAACGCGCAGACUUGCUUGCGUCGUUCCUUCUGUGUGCCAGUCGGUGGAAAGUCGUCUUGGUCAACUUUCUCACCAGAGUUUGACCAGAGCUCUACUAUUAUUAUGGUGUCGGUGCCGCUCGACGCCACUGCGUUCUUCCACGACUUGGCAUAUGGCUCGCAAACAAGCGCUUACGGCCAGACCGUUCUGCUUGGUAUCGUCGAAGCGUUGUCGCGUGUCGCCAACCAAACUUCCACCUGGAAGUAUACAGUUAUUUUUGCGGCGUACGACGGUGAGCGUUGGGGAUAUCUUGGUUCCACCAAGCUGGUCGACGACAUCAUCAACACCGAGUGCAAGAAAUACACAUCCGAUGGAUACGGAUGUCUCGAUCCACGUAUCCUCGAUGUUACAUUCAUGAAUAUCUCAUUCACCAAGAUCAAGUUCAUUGUCGAGUUGAAUCAAAUCGGUAAUCCGCUGAAAGUUGACGGAUCCGGUCACUAUGUAUACGCUCUCAACUCACUGAAAUCAAACGCCAACAAUCCCGACCAACAAUUGCUCUAUCAGACAUUCGCUGACGUCGCCAAAGAACUCGCCGGCAAAGUCAAGAUCUCCACGCAACCAGUCGACCAAGAUGAAGUACCAGAGAUUCCACCAUCCUCUUCAAUGGCAUAUCUCAAACAAAAUCCAAACAUUCCAACAAUCAUUGUUACUGAUCAUUUCGGUGUUUAUACAAAUAAUUAUUUUUCAAGUCAUAACGAUGACUAUACAAAUAUCAAUGCCAACAUUAUUGUUGAUGCAGUUACAUACUUUGCCACUGUAAUCGACAGACUUGCUGGUGGAAACAAUACAAUUGUACAAAAUUCGCUAUUUGUUGAAGAUAUGUUAGAUUGUCUUACUAAAAACUUUACUUGUAAAUAUGCUCAACAGUUUGCAGGUUCAAGUCAACCGGUUCCAUCUUUCUAUACUUCAGUAUAUGGUUACGGACCUGACAAUCAGUAUCUAACAAUCCAAUCGUUGUUUGUUCACUCGGUGAUGGCUUAUUUCGCAGCGAGCAAUCGUACUGGUAUCAUGUGUGACGAAAGCAAUUCAUGUCCUGAAUCUGCCCAAGCUUGUAUUGGUGGUACUUGUGUUAUUACAAACUCUCACUUCCACGAUGCAAUCUCGCUUGGAUUCACUUUCGACGAGCCAUCGUAUUCCUGGGUGAUCGGUAACACCAGCUAUCCAACCUAUGUAGAAAGCAACUGGAAUUCAAUUGUAAUCAACUUCUACCAACAGGACAGCCACACCACUGAAGCACUCUUCCUAGUAUUUGGAAUCAUUGAAAUGUUUGUUGUGAUUGCAAUCAUAUUUGUUUCCAAGAGAUAUCUAUCAAAGAGAUAUAAACUAUUGAUGGGUGGUUUCGAAAACAAUUAA